CUUUCUCUCUCUUUCUCUGCACGGGUUUUCUCCCCGCCUUUCUGACGUGCUCUUGCAAGCCGGAGACGCGGGGACGGGUUGAAUCCCCCGUAGAUGCGUCUUUUGCAGACAACCCUGGCGGAAUCCGAACCUGGAGCACCUGAGGGCCAUUGCAGCCACAGGAGAACCCCGGCUUGAGAUCCGGUGAUCCGUCCUUCGGAGUCCUCAUGGAAUGGAUCCCAGCCUCUUCGGGAUCUCUCGUCCAGCCGACGGAGCCCGAGGCGGGGUGGGAGCCGGCGGAGUCCCCGGCCGACCCCGUGAGGGCCACCGAGGGAGGGGCCGAGCUGUCCCGUGCGGCCUUUUCCAGCAACGGCUUGCAGACAUGCCAGGGGUCCCCGCCCCGCCCGUUGGGCCAGAUGACCUCUGGGGUGCCCCCAGUUCCAUCUCCUUCCCACGUAAGCCAAGCCCCCGGAUUGCUUUUCGACCGGUCCAUCUCGGGUUCCUCCACCUGCUCGUCUUUGGCCAGCUCAUCCCAAGAGUCGGAUGACGUCUUCAGCGACGUCGAAGGAAGGUCGGUCACGACGAAGAAACGGGUGCUGAGGAAGACAAAAUCCUGGAAGACCUUUUUCACCAUGGUCCACUGGUCUUUGCGACGACGCAGCUCCUGGGUACAGCUGGCCGGACACGAAGGCAACUUCAAGCCCAGCGAAGGGGGCCAGAUCCUGAAGAAGUUCAGCGCCGUGGAGGAGGCGUGUCUGUCCGAGCUGAUGACGGACGUGCUGCGCCCUUUUGUGCCCGCCUACCACGGGGUGGCGGAGGUGGGCGGCGAGCGCUACAUCCAGAUGGACGACCUUCUCCGCGGACUCCAGAAUCCCAGCAUCAUGGACUGCAAGAUGGGCACCAGAACGUACCUGGAGGACGAAGCGGGCAAGGGUCAGCCCCGCUCAGCCCCCCGGCGAGACCUCUACCAGAAGAUGAUGAAGAUUGAGCCCUGGGCCCCCACGCCGGAGGAGCACAGUCAAGGGGCCGUCACCAAGCCCCGUUACAUGCAGUGGAGGGAAAAUACCAGCUCCAGCACUUCUCUGGGGUUCCGGAUCGAAGGGGUGACGAUCGAGGGGGGAACCGUGCAGCGGGAUUUCAAGCAGACGCGGAGCCAGGAUCAAAUCAUGGAGAUCUUCUUGAAAUUUGUGAAGAAUCGCGUGGACGUGUUGAAGAUCUACUUGGCACGCCUGGAGAAUUUACGCCAAGCUUUGGAAGAGUCCGACUUCUUCAAGAGGCACGAGGUGAUUGGGAGCUCUCUGCUCUUCCUCCACGACCAGAGAGGCCAUGCCAGCAUCUGGAUGAUCGACUUUGGCAAGACUCUCCCAGCGCCAGCCCACUCCCACCUUCGCCACGACGUGGCCUGGACCCCCGGAAGCCACGAGGACGGCUACCUGAUCGGCCUGCAGCACCUGACCCACACCAUCCGGGCGACUCUGGCCAGAGCUGAGCAGAGUCAGGACCCCCUCCCAGGGCCCUCGUGAGCCUACGCCCCCCCCGGGAAACAGCCGAGAAUGGCGGAAAAGGACCCGGCCCCACCGAGUGGGCGACAUCCCCACGGCAAAGGCAGCCAUGCUGUUUGGGGAGGGGGCAGCUGGGAGCCUCCUGGAAGAGCUGCUUGGAGCUCCUCUCCAGCCUUCAAAUUCUUUUUCCUGCUUCCACACACACACCCCCGACCCCAAUUGCUCGCCAAAGGGGUCUCUCGUAGCCCGGGGCCAUUUUCGGGCCCCUCCGUGGUAUGGCUGACACCCCCUCCCCCUUGGAAAGUACAGCAGCUUCUGCAAGGAGCUGAACAGAACCAAAAGUAAAAGAAGAAUCGUCGCGCAGUAGCUCAAAACGGGACCGAAGCCGGACUUUCGGGAGGGGAAAUUCAGACCGGGAUUGCCUGAGUUUAUCUGCGGCGAAGCGAACCGUGGCUUACUCCGUCGGCCCAACUUUUGCAGUUUCGUGCAACCCGCCGGAGUGGAAGGGCCGGACGUUGGCAGGACUGGGUGGUUUGUGAGUCAGUGUGUCAAGCCAAUGCAGGCCGCAGAGUCUGUGCAACCGCACGCACAAACACACCCUGUACAAGUCGGAAACUUGUAACUUUGCAAAGAUGCGGCCUCUUCUUGGGAUGUUGGGUGGAGAUGAAUUAAAAGCCAGGCAGGGGUGCCUUUUUCAGUUCUUCUUUGGAAGAAA